CUUGUUGCAGUAGUGCCAAGGUAAUAGACUGAAAAGGCUCAAGGCAACUGGGACACACCCAUCAUAGUUUUAUAACAAUGAUACAGAGGUGUCACGGCUCCCUUUUGCAUGAACUUACACCUCACAUCAUAAAUCUCUAAAGAUGGCAUUUGUGUGUCAAUUUAUUUCAGCCCCCUUCCAGUUGUCGGAUAGAUAUUUGGAUGUGCACUUGCCUUACCCUCUCAGCAUUUUCUGGUCCCUCAGGGCCGUUGGCUAAUUGGUUUACCUGAUCGCUUGUUGAGGAGUGAGAAAAUAAUGAAUGCGUCCUGGGAAACACUGGACCUUCUCCUUUUCAUACUUCCAGGCCACCAUCCAACAAAUAUCUGAUGAGUGGUGCAAGAAUUCAGCAAUGAAUCUGUCAGACAGGGAGGCAGGUGUUAAACACCAGUGGUGAGAAUGAAUAGCUGUGUCCACGGCACUUUAACUUUACAAAUGACCCUCUAAAGGGCCCGACACCAAGAUUAUUUUUGCUCAAGUUUAGGUGAAGGAUACUGCCAGCAGUGCAUCUGUGCUUGCAGGCAUAAAUAAAAAGACUUCUCCAUUACAUGAAACGGUCCUUCAGCUGCGUCUUCUCUCAAGGUUUCGUGAGGUUAAAGAGGGUCUGGUAGUAAUAUGUCACUUGAGAAGCUCUCGUGCUCUUUGCAGCCCCUCACCCACAUUAGCGCACAAGAACUGCAGCAUGUACAAGAAAUGUCCAAGUGUUCAAAAUCAGCUACACAUGACCCCUCCUGGUAACCUCCAGUUAUACAGAGAGCCAAAGUUUUCACAGACGAAAGGUGAAUCCAAAGCAAGCUUUUUAAUUAACAAUUGACAUUUUAAGCGUUCCCUUUUACAGAGGAAGUACCGUUUGGCUAAAUGUAGCCUGUAGGCUGGUUGAAGGGUUUUAUGGGACAUUGCCCUCUCACCCAGAUCCUCUAAAGCUCUCUGAUCAAGAACUUUCUCCUUUUACAAGAGCAGAGAAUCUUUAUAUGAAUCACAAAAAAAGAUAAGGAAAUGUCCAUCACAAAGAUAACAUGUUAAAUCAUUUCCUGGUUUCUAUUAUACCAGUAAAGAUGUGAAAGAGGGUCUAGGCUGAAAUCUUGUGUUUAUCCGACAUGUUCUAUCCUAAAGGAGCGGCCUGAAGCAGCAGAAGACUGGAGCGUCUUGUUGACUCAGCUGGUAAAGCGGCUGAGUGACAGUGAGAGUCAAGAGCAAGAUGUAGCUGAACAGAAACACUCUGUAUCAAAUUGUUAAAUGGUCUAGCAGGCUGAUUGGUGAGUCACAGCUUAACCUCGAGUCCCUGCACCAGACGGUUACAACGGAUAACCGGCUCCAUUUCAAAGGACGACUCCCACCCUUUGCACAGGGUGGGAAUCUCAGCUUCUUCCUUCUAGACGGAGGUGUAUAGUCCCUCGGUGUAGAACAAAGCGCUAUAAAAGCAACUUUGUUCCAGCGGCCAUCACUGAGGUGAACAAAUUAUAGCAACAGUGCACAGAUGCUAAUGUACCACAACUUGUACUUUGUUACAGUUCUUUUUUUUUUUUUUUUACAUUUGCUGACGUUGCGAUGUUCAAAUGAGUAACAGCUUCUGUUUAUUUCUAUUGAGAGAGUUGAAACGUGUGAAAACAGGGAAAUAUCUUUUGAAUGGUUAAUGAUUUAAGGAAAUUUGUUGCAGUAACAAAUGGUAAUUUUCCAGGUCCUUUUAUAGUAUUUCUUGUUUUGGUCUUUUCAGCAGAGUUUCCCAGACUGCUUGUGAAUCCGAUCUACCUUUCCACGAGCUCGACGUUCUAACCUUUGUGCCGCCGCUCCCACUUUUUAGUCCAGUCACAAGCUUUUGAUUUUGUCUACACAACCGCCGUCAGCCACGGGAACCUUGUUCCUGCUAUUUGAGCAUGUCCUGCUGUUGAUAAUUGGCAACCCAAACGGAAUUCCUGCACUCUUCCGUGCAAGGAAUGACUUCAGGUUUCUAGUUUCUGACAGUCUGGGUUGUACUACUUUACUCAGUCUAUUGUUGCAUAGUCUCGGAGGGACUUUAUUCAUCUUAUAGGAACUUCAAGGAGGACAGAAGCUGAUCUUUGCUGAUCUCCUGUUUGGAUGUUGAGGUACACCGUGGUCCGAGGCGGCCUCGGCCUGCUGGCCGUGAGGAGGGCGUGUCUCUCCCCCCGCUUCUCCCACUCUGCCCCGCAGAGCGAGUAUCGACCAAUCAAGAAAGUCAUGGUGGCCAACAGAGGUGAAAUCGCCAUCCGCGUCUUCAGAGCCUGCACUGAACUGGGGAUUCGAACCGUGGCCGUCUACUCCGAGCAAGACACCGGACAAAUGCACAGGCAGAAGGCAGAUGAGGCUUACCUAAUUGGAAAAGGUCUGGCACCUGUUGCGGCAUACCUGGACAUUCCAAACAUCAUCCAAGUAGCCAAGGACAACAAUGUGGACGCCAUCCACCCAGGCUACGGUUUCCUGUCCGAGCGGUCAGACUUUGCGCAGGCCUGCCAGGACGCAGGGGUGAGGUUUAUCGGACCGAGACCGGAAACGGUCCGCAAGAUGGGCGACAAGGUGGAGGCUCGCUCCCUGGCCAUCAGUGCAGGUGUACCUGUGGUCCCAGGAACAGAUGCCCCCAUCUCCUGCCUGCAGGAUGCGCAGGUGUUCGCCGAAACGUAUGGCUUCCCCGUCAUCUUCAAAGCGGCCUACGGAGGAGGCGGUCGUGGCAUGAGGGUGGUCCGAGAGUAUGAGGAACUUGAGGAGAAUUACCAGCGGGCCUACUCUGAAGCCCUGUCGGCGUUUGGGAACGGAGCCCUGUUUGUUGAGAAGUUUAUUGAAAAGCCGAGACACAUUGAAGUACAGAUCCUCGGCGAUAAAUACGGUAACGUCGUCCACCUCUACGAGAGAGACUGCUCCAUUCAACGGAGGCACCAAAAGGUGGUGGAGAUCGCUCCUGCUUUCCAACUGGACCCUCAUCUGAGAAACCGACUUCACGCUGACGCCGUCAACCUCGCCAAAAAGGUGGGAUACGAGAACGCGGGGACCGUGGAGUUCCUGGUCGACAGAAACAACAAACACUUCUUCAUUGAAGUCAACUCUCGCCUCCAGGUCGAGCACACGGUCACCGAAGAAAUCACCGAUGUGGACCUGGUGCAUGCCCAGCUGCAUGUGUGUGAGGGCCGCAGCCUGCCAGAACUGGGCAUCAAGCAAGACAAGAUCAGGGUGAACGGCUGCGCGAUCCAGUGCCGAGUGACGACAGAGGACCCAUCCAGAGGCUUCCAACCAGACACAGGAAGGAUUGAGGUCUUCCGAAGCGGCGAGGGCAUGGGCAUCCGUCUGGACAGCGCCUCGGCCUUCCAGGGCGCUGUCAUUUCGCCCCACUACGACUCCCUGUUGGUGAAAGUCAUCGCCAGUGGGAAGGACCUGCAGACGGCAGCUUCCAAGAUGAGCCGAGCCCUGGCCGAGUUCAGAGUGCGAGGGGUCAAGACCAACAUCCCGUUCCUCCAGAAUGUUUUCAACAACCACCAGUUCCUCCACUCCACCGUGGACACCCAGUUCAUCGACGAGAACCAGGAACUCUUCAACCUGAAGCCCACCCAGAACCGAGCCCAGAAGCUCCUGCACUACCUGGGUCAUGUGAUGGUAAAUGGACCAACCACACCCAUCCCAGUCAAGGCCAAGCCUUCCUCCAUAGACCCCGUCAUCCCUCCUGGCACCAUGGGCGACCCUCCAGUAGGUUUCCGGGACGUGUUGCUGCGUGACGGUCCCGAGGGGUUCGCCAAGGCUGUCCGUGCCCACCAAGGCCUGCUGCUCAUGGAUACCACCUUCAGGGAUGCCCACCAAUCGCUCCUGGCCACCAGGGUUCGGACCCACGACCUGAAGAAGAUCUCGCCAUUCGUCAGCCACAACUUCAGCAACCUCUUCAGCGUGGAGAACUGGGGAGGGGCUACCUUUGAUGUGGCCCUGCGCUUCCUGUCGGAGUGUCCAUGGAAGAGACUCCAGGAGCUGAGAGCUUUGGUACCAAACGUUCCUUUCCAGAUGCUGCUGCGUGGGGCCAACGCUGUGGGCUACACCAACUACCCUGACAACGCCGUCUUUAAGUUCUGCGAGGUGGCCAAGGAGAACGGCAUGGACAUCUUCCGCGUGUUCGAUUCCCUGAACUACCUGCCAAACAUGCUGCUGGGCAUGGAGGCUGCCGGAGCAGCAGGUGGCGUAGUGGAGGCUGCCAUCUCGUACACGGGCGACGUCUCCGACCCAAUGAGGCAGAAGUACUCUCUGGACUACUACGUGAACCUGGCAGACGAGCUUGUCAAAGCCGGAACCCACAUCCUCUGUAUCAAGGAUAUGGCCGGCCUGCUGAAGCCACAGGCCAGCAGGCUUCUGAUUGGCUCUCUGAGAGACCGUUUCCCGGAUGUACCCAUCCAUGUGCACACACACGACACAGCUGGAGCCGGCGUGGCCGCCAUGCUGGCUUGUGCUGAGGCUGGAGCCGACGUAGUGGACGUGGCGGUCGACUCUAUGGCCGGGAUGACCUCUCAGCCCAGCAUGGGAGCCAUGGUGGCCUGCACCAAGGGUACCAAUCUUGACACCGGCAUUGCUCUGGAGAAGGUGUUCGACUACAGCGAGUAUUGGGAAGUAGCCAGAGGCCUGUACGCUCCAUUCGACUGCACUGCCACCAUGAAAUCUGGCAACGCUGAUGUCUAUGAGAACGAGAUACCGGGAGGACAGUACACCAACCUUCACUUCCAGGCUCACAGCAUGGGACUCGGCAACAAGUUCAAGCUGGUGAAGAAGGCCUACGUUGAAGCCAACAAACUACUCGGGGACCUCAUCAAGGUGACUCCGUCCUCAAAGAUCGUGGGUGACUUGGCUCAGUUCAUGGUGCAGAACAACCUGACCCGGGCAGAAGUGGAGGAGAGGGCGGACGAGCUGUCCUUCCCCCUGUCUGUGGUCGAGUUCCUGCAGGGAUACAUCGGGAUACCACAUGGAGGAUUCCCAGAGCCGCUCAGAUCUAAGGUGCUGAAGUCCCUCAAACGUAUCGAGGGUCGUCCAGGCGCCUCUCUGCCACCCAUGGACUUCAAAGUCCUGGAGGAGGGGCUCCGAACUGCCCACGGUGAUGACAUUAGCCCUGAGGAUGUGAUGUCAGCCGCCAUGUACCCGAAGGUGUUCCAGGAGUUCAAGGAGUUCACUGCUAACUUUGGUCCAGUGGACUGUCUCAGCACCAGGCUGUUCCUAGAUGGACCCAAGAUCGCCGAGGAGUUUGAGGUGGAGCUGGAGAGGGGGAAGAUCCUGCACAUCAAGGCGCUGGCACUGGGUGACCUGAACAAGGCCGGCCAGAGAGAGGUCUUCUUUGAGCUGAACGGACAGCUGAGAUCUGUGCUGGUUAAAGACACUGUUGCCAUGAAGGAAAUGAAGUUCCAUCCUAAGGCUCUGAAGUCUAUCAAGGGUCAGGUGGGAGCACCCAUGCCUGGAAAGGUCCUGGAGGUCAAAGUGGAAGUGGGAUCCAAGGUGGAGAAGGGUCAGCCGCUGUGUGUCCUCUCGGCCAUGAAGAUGGAGACGGUGGUCAACUCCCCGGUGGCCGGUACCGUUAAGGUGGUUCAUGUCACGACCAACUCCUCCCUGGAGGGAGAUGACCUGAUACUGGAAAUCGAGGAGUAG